GCUCCGCUCACGCAAAGCCACCUUGUACGUAACACAUCAAAAGUGGCUUAAAGAAUUGGUAGCUACGGCUACAAUCCUUUGCCACAAACAGUACUACAAAAAAAAAGUACAUAUGGAUCUAAUGUCAAAAAUCGAUGUCAGCAAGAUGUCAUCUGUCAUGUCAAGUUCAAAAUUUAGGUUUCGGCUUAUUCUACUAUUUCUCAAGAAUUAAUUUUAUUCAGUAAUUGUAUUAAAAGUUGGCAAAAUUGUUAAAUUGAUUAUUUAAACUUGCAUAACUUAACUAUCCAGAUUAUCGGCCAAUGUUUCUCAUUGACGCGACGCAUGACGUGCGUGCUAUGGUACUAACUCGCACUAAUGAAAGAAAGUUGGAUUUUUAGGUCAAUGGUGAACCGGUAACGUAGGUGCUGACGUACAUAGCAGACGAGUCUUAACUGAGAAACUGCCGGGAGCAUCAGUCUGCGCCGAUAACCGUUCGGUUAACACGCCACUACUCGUUACUUCUUACUUAAUUUAUACUCGUGAAAGUUAUUGUGACUUACAAUGGGAGGCCGAGUCGAGAAUGUUGGCGUGCUCGCCAUGGAAUUAUACGUGCCAUCCCAGUAUGUGGACCAAACGGAGUUAGAGAAGUAUAACGGCGUCUCCCCGGGAAAGUAUACAGUUGGAUUGGGCCAGAGUAAAAUGGGAUUCUGCUCGGACAGAGAAGAUAUUCAAUCUCUAUGUUUAACGGUACUUCACAGAUUGAUAGAGAAAAAUAAUAUAAAUUUACAUGACAUAGGCCGCCUGGAAGUGGGUACUGAAACUAUCAUAGACAAAAGCAAAAGUGUUAAAACUUUUCUCAUGACCUUGUUUGCCAAAGAAGGUGCCACAGAUAUUGAGGGCAUUGACACCACGAAUGCUUGUUAUGGUGGCACUGCUGCUCUAUUUAAUGCUAUUAAUUGGGUGGAAUCUUCAUCUUGGGAUGGAAGAAAAGCUAUAGUUGUGGCUGGUGACAUUGCAGUGUACGGCAAAGGUCCAGCGAGGCCCACAGGAGGAGCUGGUGCAGUGGCUCUUCUUAUUGGUCCGAAUGCACCCCUAGUGUUUGAUCGUGGUGUGCGAGCCUCGUAUAUGGCACAUGCUUAUGAUUUCUACAAACCCGACCUGGCAUCAGAGUUCCCGAUUGUUGAUGGAAAACUGUCAAUCAAAUGCUACCUCAGUGCUUUAGAUAGUUGUUAUAAUUUAUUUUGUAAGAAAAUGAGGAAGACCGACCCCAGCUUUCAGGGCCUAUUAAGUUUAGAUGGAAUGUUGUUCCACUCACCAUAUUGCAAGUUGGUGCAGAAAUCUUUAGCUAGAGUUUGUUUCAAUGACUUUCUGAAUUCACCCCCAGAAGUCAGAGAACAGCAAUUCCCAGGGUUGUCAAAGUUUAAGGACUACCAACUAGCAGACACCUACUUUGACAGAGAUGUAGAAAAUGCCUUCAUGACAUACAGUCAGGAGUUAUUCGAAGAAAAAACAAAGCCUUCACUUUACAUAUCCCGUAAUGUUGGCAACAUGUACACACCAUCUCUUUAUGGAAGUUUAGCUUCUUAUCUUGUCAGCAAAUCUCCUGAACAAUUAGUAGGAAAGAAGUUUGCAUUAUUCUCUUAUGGGUCAGGGCUUGCAUCAACUAUGUAUUCAAUAAAUAUUUGUGAUGAUGUUUCCAAGUUAAAUGGCUUGAUUGAUUCAUUAAAGGAAUCUGUGUCCUUGUUAGACAAAAGAGAGAGUGUUGACCCUGCUGUGUUUUCUGAUAUCAUGGACUUGAGGACUGCCAACUAUCACACAGCCCCAUACAAGCCUUCAGGCUCCAUAGAUGUAUUGUUCCCUGGUACAUAUUACCUCACAAACAUUGAUGACCAAAGACGACGUACAUAUGAUAGAAAAGUUUGAAUUUUGUUGACCUCAGAUAGUAUAAUUGUGUGUGUGGUUCAGGAGGCGAACAGAAUUGAUAUGUCUUCAGUUUUUAAUAUUUUAAUAAUUUAUUUUGUGAUUUAAUUAGCUUAUCUACAUAUGUCAAGGGUCGAUUAAUUAUUGUUAUUUAUAUUAUAAUUAUUUAUUGGGCUUGUUAGUGUGUUGGUAAUAUUAUUAUUAGAUUGCUGGUCAGACAGGGUUUUUAAAGGUGUUAUGGAAAUUAUAAUAAAUUUAGUUGUAAUUUUCAUAAAUAUUGUAUUAUGUCUUACAGCAAUCACUCGCCUAUCAGCAUAUUUUGUGUAAUUUAUAAUUCAUAAAUAGUCUCGAAUAUGAAGUUUUUUUAUGUUAUUAAAUUUUUGUAUGCAAAAAAAAAUUUACCUAAUAUAUGUAGGUAUGUCACACACCAUAUAAUGUGGCAGUAUUAGGGCAUAGUGCAAAAGUCAAACAUCAUUUUUCAUAGCAAAUGUUCUUUGGACCUUUGCCUUUUUUUAUUAACAAACAAUUGUAAUUGAUUUUGAGAUAUUUUUUUCAAGGAUGAUGUAUACAAUGCAUUUAUUAUUUUAAAAAAACUUUUCACUGUGAUGUAAAGAUGAUAAAUACUGUAUUACCUCUCACGUUUAUGUUAAUUAUAAUAAUAUGUUUUCGUUUUUUGCACAUAUUUUUUUGCUGCCAAUCAUUUAAGAGGCAAAUGACUUCACAGUUGAAUGAAAACUGUUUUUGUCAGUUAAUAUUUUUUUUUCUCCCAGUAACUAAUAACCACUUAUAUAUCUCAGUUUCAUAUAUUCUUAGUUAAAUUUUUAGCUGCAAGAUUCAUGCCCUUGGAUAAGCCCAUAAACACGUGUAUAUAUAUAAUAUUGGAGAUUUUUUUUUGUUUUUUAAACAGCUAUUUUGUCGCCUUUGCCAUUAUGAAGGAAUUCCAAAUCUCUUUAAAAGAUAUACAUGAAGAGGUUGACUGGUCUUUGAAAUAUUAAGUAUGUAGCUAUUUUAGCAAAUUCAUACAUUUAUAAGAUAUAUCUUGAACUUUGUCUCAAAUAGAUAAGAUAUCAUUGACACAUUUUCUUGGCAACAGCUGUUUCCCGAUGAUAAAUAUACAUAAAUAUAUUAAUAAUUUUCAUCAAAUGCUAUAUGCUCAGUGAAAAAAUUAAAGAUUUUUUUUAUAAAUUUUAAUUUUUUGUUUAUUUAUUUUGAAGAACAUAAUUGUACGGACUAUAAUUACGACUGGUUACAAGGUAUGCCCAUCUCAUGGAAGAUAUAAGUACUACCGUAGUACUUAUUACUACCAGGGUUUAUUCAUAAUGAAGUUCUUAUUUUUUUUUAAGUUUAUCUGUGAAGAGAAACAAUUUAUAUAUUGAAGAGUAUUAUAACAAAUCACACAUAAAUUAAUCCAACUAUGUGCAAUGCGAAAACAAACGCUACCAAUUUGAGUUUGUCUACAAUCUGCAAUUAUUUAUUAUAACUUUGUUUAAUUAAGGAUAAAUAAAUUAUUAUAAUUGGUGCUCAAACUCUGAAA